GAGCGCGUAAACCGUAUCCCUUCAUUCAUCAGGCCGUUUCCUGAAGCCAUUUCUAGUCAGGGGGAGACGAGAGUUGCGCUACUUUUUAAUCCGUUGCAUCUGCCUAAAUGCACUUUCCUAACGAGAAAUACUUAACAACAGUCGAUAAAUCAGACUCUCAUCUGUACUUCGGUCUAAUUAUUUUUGAAAUCGUCGCCGUGGAUUAGCAGCUAGACGAGCUUGAAAGUACAGAGACAAAAAGGGGUUACCCCGAAUCCAAGCAAGAUGAGAAGAGGGAUCUCCACCUUGGCUUCGGACGAAGUGAUUUUAGCGGGGGUUGGGAGCUCUUCUCUGGACAAUAACAUAAUUUUAACAACUCUCUCGGAUCGUUUAAACCCCGGUCUGUCCAAUGCUACUUAUAUUCAGAUAAUUACCACCCCACCGCCUUGCAACGUAACACAGACACCAAAUGUGUGUUUAUCCGAGCCUCAGAUUAACAACAUUUACUCAACUCCACAACAAGCCGCAGCAAACGGAGCAGGACAACGACCCGCUCUGGGAAGACCGCCGGCAAAAAGGAGGCUGGCUCUGGAUGAUUCAGACCACCAGUACCAGGCAGAAACAGCCAGGACUCCGAGAGGCAGAGCAGGGGCCGGGGCCAACGGGACACGGUUAAAGACACCCAGAACACCCAAGUCUCCAACUGAGAAGACGCGGUAUGACACCUCCUUGGGGCUACUGACCAAGAAGUUUGUGGAGCUUCUUGCUCAGUCUUCUGAUGGAGUUUUGGACCUCAACUUGGCCGCGGAAACCUUACAGGUCCAGAAAAGACGACUGUAUGAUAUCACCAACGUAUUAGAGGGAAUUCACCUCAUCAAGAAGAAAUCCAAGAACAAUAUCCAGUGGAUGGGCUGCAGUCUGCUGGAAGUGGAGGGGGCGCUGAGCCAGAGACAGAGACUGACGGCAGAGGUUUCUGCCCUUGUAGAAGAAGAGCAGAGGCUGGAACAGCUCAUCCAGAGAUGCACCCUGGAUGUGCGACACAUGACUGAGAUGCCAAACAACCAGAAAUAUGCCUAUGUAACAUAUCAGGACAUCAGACAGCUGGGCAACCUCAGAGACCAGACUGUCAUAGUGGUCAAAGCGCCCACAGACACCAAACUUGAAGUACCAGACCCAGAGGAGAGUCUGUCCAUCCAUCUGAGCAGCACUAAGGGUCCUAUAGAAGUCCUGCUGUGUCCAGAUGAGGACAACGACCCCAGGAGUCCUGUCAAAAACGGCAACAUGGACAUCAACGGAAACUCCCCCUUCCUCAGAGUCCUCCAAGCAGAUUCCUCCAGCUCCACGACCACUUCCUCCAACCCCGCCAUCGCUCCUUCCUCUUCCUCAGCUGUCACCGUCACCAGUCUCUCCCCCAUCGGCUCCCCGUUCACCAGUCUUCUCCAACAAACAGAAGACCAGAUCCCUUCAGGCCUUGGUCCUUUCCUAAGCCUCGGGCCCCCACUCCUGGACCAGGAUGACUACCUUUUGGGCCUGGGAGACGACCAAGGAAUCAGCGACUUGUUUGACGCCUAUGACUUUGAUAAAAUACCCUCGCUUGGCAUUGAUGAUCUUAUGUGUAGCUAGUGGUAGCUAAUAGUAAUUUACUUUAUCAUUUGUUGACUAUGAGAGAGACAGAGAAUCAGUGACUUGCUUGACACCUGUGAUGUUGAUAAGAUGGCCAUACUAGGGUUUGAUGGCCCUGCUGUGUAGCUAGUGGGAGCUAACAAUAGAUAGACGAAAAGGGGACAUUAUUGAGGGUUGUUUCUCUCCCAGAGGGAUUAAAAAGUGUUUUCUAUCAGGCCAUGAGAGAAGAAAAUGAAAGGGACAAAAUUGAUCCGAUACAAAGACAAACUGGUCAGCAUGAGGAGACAUUUCUCUUUGUCCUGGGCUCUGUAUGGCCUCCAGUGUAGCUGAGGUUUGAUUGGAGGAAAUGGGGAAAUAUGAAGCCUCUCUGGGUAAGGAAGAUGGGUAGUGGGAAGGAUAUCCAACUUUCUCUAUGAAGCAAGGCACAUAUCACCAUACAGAGAACUGGAAAAGACAGAACAGCUCUAAGAAAGACGCCCUUCGCACCUGGCAUGAAUAUGAGUCAGCAGUGAUCAGGUUAGCUAGAGCAUAAAAUCACAGGUGUAAAUGCAUCCAAGAUGCAUUGAUGAUCUGGUCACCUAAACCACCUCCACACAAGAUUCUGUUUCCAUUAGUCAACAAUGAAAUGUGUCCACAUGUCACAAUGACUGAAAAGGAAUUGAGAAUUUACACACUGAUACAAUGUGGAAGCACACCAAAACAGAUGACAGGCAUCAGAGCGAGGGACACACUGGUCAAAAUGGAUAUUCAUGCAUGGGGUACAAGUGAAUCAAAGUGUUUACUGUUAAUUUUAAAAGACCGAUCUUCCAAGAUGAAAUGACAGUGUGUGCUCUAGAAGAGAAAAGUGAUGUGUGGACACUAUCUGUAAACCCUAUCUGCUAACGCAUCUCUGCUUACAGUCUAUCAUGGAUAUGAGAAACACGUUAAUGCCAAGUGCAAAGGGCGGCAAAGAGGUUCUGAAGAAAUGCAAUUGUUUGCAUUUCUGUCACACCAGUGAUCUGUCACUGAAAGCUCAUGCUGCAGACUAUACAGAAAAGUAAAAAAAAUAUAUAUAUAUAUAUGAAAACAAAACCUACCAGUUUUGGUGCCCAACAUGCAUGGCUGUUAAUGUUGCAUAUUGAGGUUAGAUUAGUAUGCUGAUAAUUUGUGUGUGUGUGCCAUGUGCAUACUCAUUUUUAUGUAUAAUGCAGGAUGAGCUUUUGGUCCCCCCUGUUUCUGUGCCUGCUCACACUGUCAGGUUACCUGCUGUAUAACCCUCCUGCGUUUGGGCUUGUUACCAUCAUUUCUAAGAGUAGUGUUCAUGCUUAAGUGCAUAUAGUAGUGUAAUGGGAGUUUGAUGGACAUAUACUGUCUUGAAUGUGAAUGAUUGUAAUGGUAACAAGGAAUAAUAUGAGUGUAUACUCAUUUAUAGGAAGGGACAAGUAUGUACUCUUUUACUGAGUGUACAAAAUAUGUGUGCCACAUUCUGAAUAAUUUGCUCCAUCACCUUUCACAGAAUUUACAUUUUGGUUAUGCCAGGUCAUAAGUGUCCUGUCAUUCAUCCUUCAUGUUGAAAGUGGAUUUAUCAGGUUACAUCAAUAAGGGAUUAUAGUUGUAGUACAUUUUAUUGUCUGUGGAGACAGCAAGUGGACUUGUAUAUUUUGUACACCCAGUGAAUAUUUACAUGGACUGAUACAUGGUAAUGGUAACUAACAGGAACAGGAAAUGUAAUGUUUACCCCCAUGAAACCCAGAAGUUUUAUUUCACUGCUGAUUUAGCAUCGAAAAGCCAUUGGCUCUGGGAGACACUGGGUUAAACACAAAAGACUUGAUGUACCUGUACAAAUCAAGCCCAUAAUCACUGGUUGUGUGCAAUCUUGAGUAUCACUUAAUCCUCACAAAAGCACUGUUUGUCAUCCUCGUACGGAUACUUUGUGAACGCAGGACCCAAACUCCCUCUUUUCUUGCUGCUUUUUUUAUCUAACCCCGUCUUCAUCAGCAGAAGCUGCCUUAUCAGAACUGCCCCUAAUGCCUCCUUAGGCUGAGUGCUCUAAAAUUGUACUGUGGUUUCACAUAAUCCAAAAAAAAAAAAAAAAAGGCAUUUGCAAGAUGAACCACUCACCUUUUGAUGCACCCUGCCUUCCCAGAGCGUUCUGAAAAGCAGUGUAGACGACAGGAUAGAUGAGUCUUGUUUUUUUUUUGUUUUUUUUUUAAGAGUUGAAUAAGUGUUGACUUUUAAUUGAUUUUAAUACUGUAGAAAUGAUGUCAUUGGCUACCUACGCAAUAAGUGGCCUGGUAACCACUGAUUGAGGCUUUAGGAUGUACUGAAGGGCUUUUUUGCCAUAGCCAGGGCAUUAAAAACCAAAUCAUACUCAUCCUGUUUUUAGAAGUCAAACAAACUUGAUGCCGAUAAACUUCACCCUGGACCUGGAAAGCGCUAGAUCUCCGGGUCACCGAGUUUCCAAACAAUGUUUAGUCGCGAAGAAACAGCCUUCUGAAUCGAUGAUGUAAUAAUAAGGUUGGGAUUUACCAAGAUUUUUGUUCCCACAAACAACUGCCAUUCAGUUCUAAUUAGUCUGUUUUAACAUGUUGUGCUUGUGAUCACAUCUUCGAAAAUAACAGAGCUCUCAGAUGACGUACUUGUGAAUGUGGCUUUGAAACUAGAGUUACCUGGCAGCUGCAUCCAGGUGUCCCCCCCCCCCCCCACUUUGACUGUGUGCUUGCGUAAUUGAGAGUGCAGCUUGUGUGUGUGUGCGUGCGUGUGUGUGUUAAACGUCAAAGAUCAAGAAGCUUGCUAAUGAGUGAGCCAGCCAUGUGUAAAUUUGAUGUACAGUUUUCUAAUUUUUCUCAGUGCACAAGGUACUAUAGGCUACCUCUCACUUGAUGUUUGACAAUAAUAAUAGGGCAUAGAGGUGAAUGCCGUAGUGUGUAUGAGUCUUUAAAUUCAAGUUACCAUUGUGUUAUUUAGCGAGGCAUCAUUUUCAUUCAAGUGAUGUUCGAUAUUACAUCGCACUUUUGUCUUCUCGUCGAUGUGUGCGCCGACUCCACUCUGUUGAGCAUUAGUACGCCUUUGCUCUUAAGCCAGUCUGAUGCUGUCACAUUGAAUGGUGAUUGAUUUUUUUUUUUUGGGUUUGAGUACAAACCAGUGGAGCUGACAGAAUGUUUUCCUCCUGUGUGUUAUAACUUAGCUUUCCUGAGUCAUUUUGAUCAGAGCUUGCCUGAUUUUUUUUUCACCCCCUUAAAUCUGACCUAUUUAGGGGAAACAAGUUUAUUUUCUUCCUUAAAUAAGAACGAAACAGGUAAAUGAUACCUAUAAUGAGUUGAUGUCUGUAACAUAUGUAGUUGAGGGGAAUUUGACUCAAGGCCACAGAAUUGCUCUGAUUUUCAGAACACAUUAUCCCCACCCAAUAGAGAUAUUUUGAUUGCCUCCCCCUCCCAUAUUUAUAAAAGUGUUUAUAUGUAUUUAUAGAAAAGUUAAGUUCAAAUUGAUGUUUUUUUUUUUUUCUUUUCUUUGGUUUACUAACUAACAGUUGUGCUAUUCUGUAAGAGAAUUUAUAUAACUAAUUGUCCUUUUCCUCCACCUAUUUCAGCUGACCAGAAUCUGGUCACAAUAUUUUAUUCACUUUUACUUGAUUGAAACAAAACUUUGGAAAGAUUGUACCUUUCCAUAGGUUUAUAAUGGAAUGUUGAUGAUUUUAAUGCACCGCUGAAUCCAGUCUCUGCCAGUGAGUCUGAACGUAUUUCGGGUAACUCUUAAUAUUACAGCUCCUUGGUUUUCCCAAUGAAGGCGUGGUGCACUGUGACAGAACAAAUCAUGCUGUGAUCUGUUUGUGAUCAACAGGAGGUGUGCACUAUUUUCUCACCAUUUGUUGUUUCAUUUCUCAUGCUUUUGCUAAAGU